UGUAAUCUUUAGCGCUUUGUGGUCGAGUCAAACAAAUCUAAAAUUCAGUUAAGGACGAAUGCCUGCUAAAAACAACACGAUAUUUUCUUUAAAAAAAUGUUACACUGAGGUGUGAGUGUUCAGAAGCAGCUGAAUAACGGUACCUGCUCCGCCUGUUAGUAAGCUAUGAUGCCAGACUGGGUCAGCCUGUGUGUGGUCCUCAGCGUGUUGUUAAGUCUUUUAACGGUAGCUGGUUAUAUUUUGCACUCGGGGCUGCUCUCAGACAUUACCGUGCUAACCGGCUCUCCGCCCAUAAAGAAGAUUACAUUCGCCUACAAAUUCAAAGAGGGACCGUACAGACACUGCGGAGAACUUUUUAAGGAGUCUCAUAGUAUUGGACCAAAGCUUUCAUGUAUCGGAGUGUUUUAUGAUGACCCUAAAAAGGUGCCUGGACCCCAGUGCCGCUAUGCUGUUGGCAGUAUUCUGAGCGAAGGAGAAAACAAGGCCGAUGAGGAGCUUCUAAAGCGCUAUGAGACAUCUGGCUUUAAUGUCUUUUCCUUUCCCGAAGUCACACACGUGGUCUCUACCUCGUUCCCCCACAGGAUGUUUUUCUCUAUUCUCUUGAGAGUGAGGAGAGUCUACCCACAGCUAGAGCUCUACAUCAAGGAAAGGAGGCUGUGUGCACACCCGUUCCUUGAGAUCUACAGGGAAGGUCAGAUCCAAUUCAUGGCCCCCUUAGCUCGACAGGGGGAUUUUUAUGUGCCUGAAGUCCGGCAGGUUGAAAGGAGACUGUCAGGGGAAGAGGAAUCGCACAGUGAUACCGAAGUCUCAGGUGCAGACUCGAACAGUGAAUACAGCUCAGGGAGUGGGGUUCUCCUGUCAGACAGCAGAGAGACGUCCCUAGUGGCCUCUUCGGUCCACUCUGUGGAUCAGGGGGAUAGAAACUACAGAGGGAGAAGCUCUGGGGGAAACUCGUUUAAAGAGCUGGACUGGGAGAAAGCCGGCGGACAGCAGGAAGAGAGAGAGGAGUGGCCUCAUGGAGACUCCGACCAGAAGAGCCUGGAGGUUCCCACUCAGGAGUGGUGGGGUGUCGUUGGAGGGGAGGAGUGAAAGCUCAGUGAGACAUAUUAGUUGAGGAUGAGAGAAUAAAGAGAUAUUCUUUAUUUCUCUUAUUGUCCACAAAUCCCAUGAAAAGACCAAAACCAACAAUGUAUGAGUCAGUUUCUCAGUACUUUCUGCCUCCCCCACCCGGAAAACCCAUUCUUUCUUAUAGAAGAUGUUAAUGUUUCAAAAACAGGUCAUGAAUAUACAAUUCUGUUUUAAAAUAAGUUGUCUCCUAAAACACGGGCUCUGUAGUUUUUAGCAAAUGUGUCUCAAACUGAAGUAAAUAGAUCACUUGUCGGGGACUGUUUUAAGCUGAGGAUUAAUCCAUUUGGUAAGUUAGUGGAACUACAGUUCCUGUGUUCAUUGUAAUGAAGGAACGUGUCUGCCAAAGCAAUGUUAUGUCUCAUUGUUUUUAAUAGUUUUUGGACAACAGUGGAGGUCUAUGACCUCCAGGGAAUAAGCAAUUUCAGGCUUUGUCUAGGCAGAAAAUUCUAUAAAUUUUGGUCUUUUCACGGGACUUGUUGAAAAUAAAGAAUAUGGAAAAUCACCAGACUUAUCCUUGAAUCUUUUAAUUGCACAAUUUUAAGGUGAAAGUAUUAAAAUCUGCUAAAUUUUCUUGACAGAAAACAAGAACCUAUUCAGGUAACCUGAGUUUCUUGAAAAACUUUUACAGAAGUGAUGCUGUUUGUCAAAAUGAUACAAGAUGACUGAAGUGAGUGUUUCUUGCCCAAAGUGUUUUUACUUGAAUAUCUCCCACUAUUAAUAUUUUUUAUCUCUCCAUCUGAAAUUAUAUAUAGAUGUUGUGAAAAUGAUCAGAUUGUUUGAUAGAUGUCUUUAUUUUGCUGGACUGAAGCUAACACACAGCUUACAUUUCUGACAAGGUAUUUGUUUGUUAGAGGAUUGGAACACAAAUAUAAAUAUAGGGGAUUCGGAUCAUUUCAAGUAUAUUUAGUGACUUGUUUACAAAGGACCCGAAGACCAUUCAUUAAUAACUGACACAAGGCAUUGAAAUGAGUAUAAGCACAUAGACCUCACAAAGCUGUCCUGUAUUUCAAAAUUUCUUGUGUUCUGAAUAUUUGUGCACUUUGUUAUGAUGUGUAUUUUUACAAGGCUGUGUGUUGGCAUUGCUCUGUUGGUGACUGAAUGAAUGCAUAAUUACCUUCUUCUUGUCCUCCUGACCACCUCUGAGAUUUAGGACAUGAUUAGUGCAGCCAAGACAAGUCAGCUGACCAUUAAUAUUCAUUUCACUAUGAUUGAAAGCAAUGCCCUGGGACUCUUGUAUUUACAGUCACUCUACUUCUGGCCUCUGGCAUCCUUAACUCAUACCAGCUUCUUCAUUUUCUGUUUACACAUCAAGUUCUGUUAUUUUACUUUCUCAACCUUUCUCCCAUCUGCUGUCUCUUUGCACAGGCUAAUUCCUGUUUGUUUUUUCUCCUUUUGUUCUGUCUCUCUCUUUCUCUUUGAAAUAAAUUUGGCAGCUGCAGCCUCAAAGAC